AUGUCGUCUGAUCCCUUCUUCACAAAGAAGCGGAAACGGCCCACUACACAGGCUCGUCAAGACCGGCGACUCACCUCGCGUGGUCCACAACGCGCAAAGCGGGCGCCCAAGGAGGAUGAGAUUGAGUCUGACUCCUCCUCGAACGGGAAUGAAGCCUUCUUUGUGGAGGACGAUGAGCGUGACUCUGACGAAGAUGCAGCAUUGAUUCAUGAGACACCGGCGGAGAAACGGUUGCGGCUUGCAAAGAGCUACUUGGGACAGGUCGAGCAGGAAAUUGGUGAGGAAGCUGGCUUUGAUGCGGCUGAAAUUGACCGCGAGCUCAUCUCUGCUCGCCUGGAGCAAGACAACUUGGCGACUAAGGAGAAGGUUUAUUUGAUCAUUGCGGAAUCUUGCACGACUGCAAGAUUGGAGGUGACUAGGACAUGGACCAGACAAAAGGCAUGCAUUACAAGCCUGACUCACGGGCAAAGCGAUACAGGCGAGCGGUGUCUCUAUGCUUCGUUCAAGAAUGGCGAUAUACAAAAGUGGCGUUGCAGUGCAGAGGGCCGUGGUCCAUCGAUUUUGCAGCUGCGAAAGACAGUCAGGCGAGCACAUGCUGCUAGUGUCCAUUGCUGCAGUGCGAGUGCAGAUGGUCAAUACCUCGCCACCGGUUGUUCGGACGGCACUGUUGGCUUGUGGUCGACAAACAGCCUCAAGCAGCUCAAGAGCUUUCCUCAACAUCGCGACUCUGUCAACUCUGUUGUCUUUCCUACCAUUGGCACUGAAUUCUUUAGUGCAUCAUCAGACCGGACGGUGAAGCUCUUCAAUGCGAAAGAACAGGCGUAUAUUGAGACACUCUUCGGACAUCAAGAUAUCAUCACAUGCAUCUCUGUACUCAACCCAAACGCAGCCGUCACUGUAGGUGCACGCGACCGUUCAGCGAGAUUAUGGAAGAUUGUGGAUGAGACACAGCUUGUCUUUCGUGGUGGAGAUAGAAAGGAGCGAUUCGGCGAAGGCAGUAUGGAUGUCGUGACUCAAAUCGACAAGGAGCUCUUUGUUACAGGCAGUGAUAAUGGCACCGUGGCACUUUGGUCAACGCAAAAGAAGAAGGCCCUCUCACGUAUACCCAUGGCGCAUGGUAAUAUCUUGCCAAUCAGCAAUUCGGCAGAGCUCGAACCUAUCGGUGAUACACCCGAGAAUGUACGAUGGAUCACAGCAGUGCAUGCGAUUCCCUUCUCUGACCUCGUUGUGUCUGGGUCAUGGGACGGCAAGCUUAAUUUCUACCAGAUCUCCGCUGAUUUGCGAAAACUACUCAAGAUUGCAGAGGUUAAGAUUGGAAGAGGGAUUGUCAAUUGCAUCACGAGCACGGGCGAUGAGAAGCAAGGCUGGCGGCUAUAUGUCGCGGUCGGCUAUGAAACGAGACUAGCUCGCUGGAAGACGGUGGGAGGUGCCAAGAAUGAGAUUAUCGAAGUAAUGAUCCCGGGCAAGUACAACGAAGCCUUCAGUCGCUCUAUCGGUUUGGGUGAUGAGUUCUCUGAUGACAAGAAGCUUGAAGCACUGGAGGCUCAAGUGGAGGAUAAGAAAGCCAGCGUGUUGCAAAAGGACCAGGAACUCAAGGAUUUAGAGCAUCGCCUUUGGGUUGCAGAGCAGAAACUCAAGGAGAAAGAAGAUCUGGCAGCUGCUAAGGAACAUUCUGCAUUAUGA